AGUUAACUACAGGCAAUACCCACGGCCAUAGCAGAAUACCGAUUGUUCCUAGUAAGACUCGUUGUGCUGUAGACCGGUAUUACUUUGAUAAAAGACUAAAAAUUGAGGGACGAUUCGAACGUGUUCGGUUGCGUGAGAGACUGACUGCCGAAGGAAGAAGGCGUGAGCUAUAUCGUCCCGGGCCCAGACCUGACGAAGCUGUCGGGAGUCUGUCCGAAGCUCGGCCAAGCCCAGGGACUUCACUGAGGCUUCGGGAGCUUCAGCAGUAAGCUCUUCGUACAACCAGCGACUUGGGCGGGAUUUUCGAAAGAUUUGGAGUGGCAAGGGGUGGACUAGCGGCGUCGGAGGCGACGGCCGAUCUCGGUGGACUCCGACGGGCCUGGAUUGAGCGUCGUCGGUGAUUCCCGCGGAUACCGGAGGAUUGGCCCGACUUGCCGCGACUUACGACCUGAUCCGAACUGAGCCGAAUUUACCGCUGUGGAAACCGUGACUUGGACGUGUUGCUCCUGAGUGGGCAGUGAGUGAGGGGCCCCACUGCGGCGGUGGAGGUGGUGGUUGUGUGGUAGAGGUGGAGGUGGAGUUGCUUCCGGUCCCGAAGAGGAGUCGUGGGGGGCGUCCCCCCUUUCUUAGGAUACCUACUGCCGAAGGAGGUUAAAGGAUCAUUCGCAUGUAAAACCCUCGCUUCCUCCUCCUCCUCCUACUCCUCCUCCUCCUUCUACUCCUCCUCCUCCUCCUCCUCCUGACGAUUGGUGACUUCCUUGAAGGAUAUAUAUCAGCGAGGGUCGCUGCCAUGGAGGGCCUCGCUGCGGGCCUUCACGAGGGCCUCACUCUCGUGGAUCUGCAGCCCCCGUCGCUCGCCCAUGACCCGUCUCACACGCCCACCCACGCCCAUGAUCAUGUCCACUCUACACACGAACAUUCCCACGCCCACGACCCCACCCACACAUCAUCGCACGGCGCACAUGAACACGCCCACGGUCAUGACCACAGCCACCCUUCUUCCCACACUCACGCCCACGAUCAUCCUCACACCCCGGCCCACAGCCACGAACACCGUCACAGACACACCCCCGCCCACGUCCAUGAUCACACUCAAGCCUCAGCCCACCCACUGGAUGUGUCUCACGCCCACGACUCCGUUCAUUCCCUGUCUCACGUUCACACUUCUUCACAUGUCGCGCCCACGUCACACUCUCACGCAUCGCUCUCCUCACCACAUCAGACGGCUGUGGGUGGACUUCGCGGGCCACCGCCCUUGCACCCGCUCACUCCAACACCCUCGUCUACAGUCCUGCCGCCCACUCCGACGGACAAGAAACCACCUAUCGCCGACGUGGGAGAAAAACCGUCGCAGUCCUGUUCGGCAGAAUCUGACGACGACAAAUCGAAGAAAAAACGACAGAGACGACAAAGGACGCAUUUCACUUCUCAGCAGCUACAGGAACUGGAAGCUACAUUUGCCAGAAACAGAUACCCAGACUUAAGCACCCGGGAGGAGAUAGCGCUGUGGCUCAACUUGAAGGAGGCGCAAGUAAGGAUAUGGUUUAAAAACCGCAGAGCCAAGUGGCGAAAACGAGAGCGCCACGCCAUGACCGCAGCCAUGCCCGGUGACCUGAAGGGCGGAUGGGGAGCCCAACUCAACGGCUUCGCCUGGCCCGACGACGGCUUAUAUUCCGGCUACUCCUCCUACAACAACUGGGCCAGGGUCACACCCCCGGCCCUCAGCACGAAGAGCUUCGCCUGGGGCUUCAACGGGGUCAACAUGAACCCCCUGAUGAGCCAGCAGCCAUCGGCCAUGUCACCCAUCAACUGCUUCCAGACACCCACCCAGAGCAUGGGCAGCUCCGCGUCAGCGGCUGCCGCCGGCAUCAUGCCCACGUCGAUGGCAUCGUCUCUGGGUUCCAGCGCCGGGCCGUGCCAUUACCCUGCCCCCACAACCCCCUACGUAUAUCGCGAUCAGACUUCCCCGAUGAGCACUUCGAUAGCUUCCCUUCGCCUGAAGGCCGCGAAGUCGCACUCGCCGGCCUUCACCUACGCUCCCGUGUCCCCUCGACAGAGCUCCCUGUCCGCUUGCCAGUACUCCAUGAGUGACAGGUCAACAGUCUGAAGGGACAGCAGAAGCUCCCACGCUGAAGCGGAGCCGGAGCCUCUUGAAUGGUUUGGUUUUUAUGAGUGAUAUACAUACAUACAUACAUACAUACAUACAGGACUAUUUAUAUAAUCCAAAUGCUGGUUAGAAAUGUGACAUUUCAAACGAUUUUGUGUUACUGACAUUGACCGUCACAGUUAGUAAAACACCCAGAAAAUGUACUGAAAAGUGUAUGAAAAUUCGGUAUUACAAUUUGUCAUUGACUGCACCAGACUCAUCAAAUGGAAAAAAAAAUGAAUGACAGGAUUGAACACAAUGUCACCAACAUUAAAUUUUGAUCAGACUCGAGAAUUACAGUCCGGCAAAGAAAGUGACCUGAGUUCUUCGAAUGGGUUAUUAUUAUUAUUAAUAUUAUCAUUAUUAUUAUGAUUAAGGUUUGUAACUGUUGUUUCCUGGAAAUGAGAAAGAAAUAAGUGAUCACCUGUUGCAUCUAUUUUACGAGCUACUUAGCAACAGAAGAUUCAUUCCAGUGAAAAACUCUCGGAAUAGGAUAACGAAAAUAAGAAGGCAUCCAGCAGAAACAAAAAAAACUUUCCUUUUAAGAUAACGCAAUUAUAUUCGCUGCGAAUUCAAGUCGCUAAUUCUGGCGUUUUUGGGUGCAUAUGUGAACUCUUUCCAUCCGAAGUGGAAAUAAUACAGAAGAGGACCUUUUGAAUUAUGAUGCCAGCAAAUCCAUCUGAAAACGGGCAAGAUUAAGGCACGGUCUUAAAGCCCACCCCCACCCCUAACCUUUCCCCACCCCAUUCUCUUUCCUGCCAAGUUGCGGUGUGGAGUCGGAAGUUCAUAACUUUGUUUGACAUCCACCGCCUUUUCUUGUGACUUCUCACAUCAACCAAGUUGUCAUUGCGACUGAAAUGACCCUAGAGAAGUGUGCAUCAUUACAAUGUAUAUUCAAAAAGAAACGUGUAUUAGGAAAGUAAUUGUGUAAACGAAGUUGUAUAUUCAGAAAGAAACGUGUAUUAGAAAAGAAAUUGUGUAAACGAAGUAACAUGUAACAUAAAUCAUGCGAACAAAGACAGUAUAAAGCAUGGGCUCAUAUAUA